AAUAUUUUCCUCCUGCAAAACCACACUUGGGGAUUAAUUUAAAUAAAAGCAACCGUAUCAACUUAAGUUAUCAAUCUCCAACCAAUGGCUUCUAACCAGCUUCUUGCCUUCGCCGUUGUGGCAAUUAUCCUUCCUGCAGUAGCCAUGGCAACUGAUUUUGUUGUUGGGGAUAAUAAAGGCUGGACAGAUGGUGGUGUCAACUAUACCGAAUGGGCUAAUGGCAAAGCAUUUCAUGUUGGUGACAGAUUAGUGUUCAAAUACGAAUCACCACAUAAUGUGUAUAAAGUGGACGGCACAGCCUUCAAAGCAUGCAAUGCAUCAGGAAUUCUUUUGAACAGUGGAAACGAUAUAGUCCCACUUAGCCUACCAGGCAAAAAAUGGUACAUUUGUGGUUUUGCUGAUCACUGUGGCCGAGGCCAGAAGCUAGUCAUUAACGUACUUGAUGGUCCAGCACCAGCACCAGCUCCUGAUUCUAAUGAUUCCUACAGAUUUCUCUCAUCUUUGUACCAGAUUUUCGUUGCAGCUGCUGUGGUAGUGGCGGUGAUCGCAAUAUGACUUGACUCUAAUUAUCAUAACUACUAUUUGAUAUAUUGCCAUAUAGGAUAUGAUUCCUGGAAAUAAAGUUUUUAGUGUUUUUUAAUAAUAUGUUGCAGCUUAUGCCUUUACCACGCUGCAUUCCCUGUAUUAGACUUUUUGUUUUUCUGCUGAGUGACAUUCCGUUCAAGGAAGUUUAUUAAUAAUCAAAGCUGAUGAUUCACUCU